UUUCUUUGGCCUUCAAGUGGAGUUCUUUGGGCAGGACACUUUUCUGAGAAGGAUUUUUAUCCAUGCUGGCCCCGUUGCCGCCAAUCAACGGCCAUAUUCUUGCAGAGUUUUUUUCUUCUUCUUCUUUUUGUUGCUCUCCCGUUCGAAUGAGCAGAUUCUUUCAUGUGUCAAAGGGCCUGAAGCUGCAAGAAGUGACUUCGAUAUCACAUUACAUGUACAUGGGUUUCACUGCAGGAAACCUUGGUGUUGCCAUUCAAUUCCUCUCGUUCCGCAAGCAUGAGUGCUUGUUACGACGGUAUGUACUCCCCGAUGCUUCCGAUGACCGGCGGCCGCACGAUAGUCCGUGUUACUACAUCGUUGUGCUUCGACCUUCGCAGCUCGUGGAAACUGAUUUGAGAAAAUCCAGUAGUUGCAAGCAAUGUCACCCCGCCGUCAAAACUUGAACGUAACUCAUCCAGCAAAGUCAAUUGACCCAAGCAGAGGACCUCCGUAUAGGCCAAAAGAAGUCUUCCUUGCAAGUGAAUCUUAGCCAUAUAGGUAGCUAACAAAC